AUGAAGUUUGCCAAAGAGCUGGAGCAGGAGUUGGUUCCUGAAUGGCGAGCGAAGUAUCUCGACUACAAGGGCGGCAAGAAGAAGAUCAAGGCAAUCAGUCGUGCCCUCAAGCAGGCACACCGGAGCCCUCGAACACCGUCCUUUCGUCAAAGUACUACGUUCUCCCAUGGUGCGACAUUAACACCAUCAAACACCGACAAGCAGCUCGACGCUGGAGAGCUCAUCGAUGCGACGACCCUUCAGGGAACUGGCGCCAAUUCGUCCUCGAAGACCCGCAACAUACCCUCCCCAAGAACAGAGCGCCAGCCGCUUCGAACACCAGGAUCACGAUUCUCAGAAACCGCUGGUAGCUAUGGCAGUAUACUGGCAACACCGCCACAGCAGCACGGUCACGCCUCGGAUGCUGCUUCCUUCGAGCUUCCUGACCCUGCACUGGAUCCAGAUGAGGAGUACAUGCCACCACAGGAUCAGCAAGCUCGCCAGGGAGUCAGAACGCCGUCCCCUGUGGCGACUCGAAAUGCUGCAUUUCGUGAUCUACCAGCGCAUGCCGUGGACGGCUCGCCCGAGCAGCCGCCUCUAGCACGUCAGCCAACUGCCCAAAGCCCACAACAAGGCAAACCUUUGACCAAGUCAACUUCGAUGAAUCGUACAUCGCAGCUCAUGCGGCGUGUCUUCUCUCAAUCAGAGGUGAACACACUUGGUAAAGGAUCACCGGCUGACACGAGAUCAGAAGUCAAAAAGCAGGAAGACGUAUUCAUGGCGUACCUGGAUGAGGAGCUAAAGAAGAUCGAUGAUUUUUACCAAAUGAAGGAGCGGGAGGCCGCUGCAAGAUUGCAAGUUCUUCGCCAACAGCUGCACAUCAUGCGGGAUCAGCGCAUCCAGGAAGUAUAUGAAGCCAAACGGGCGAACAAACGACGCAACGUGGACUCUCAAAACGGACAAAGUGGACUAAGGGCAUUGAACAGCUCCCGGCUGAAGGAUACUUUGACGGGUAAGGUUCAUUUCGGCAAGAAUUCACAGGCACUGGCCCAGAUGGCCACACCAAGGAUGCCAGCUCGCGACCGGGAAUUUAUUUCAAAUCGACGAGAUUUCAUGCGGCGGCAGGAACCGCCGAAUAAUGAUGUCUCCUAUCGAUCUGCCAAGCGCAAGCUCAAGCAUGCUUUGCAGGAGUUCUAUCGUGGAAUCGAGUUGCUGAAAGGCUAUGCCUAUCUCAACCGAACCGCCUUCCGCAAGAUCAACAAGAAGUAUGAUAAAGCUGUUAACGCCCAGCCACCGCUGCGAUAUAUGACCGAAAAGGUCAACAAUGCCUCGUUUGUGCAAAGUGAUGUGCUGGAGACAUUGAUGUCGGCGGUGGAAGAUUUGUACGCUCGAUAUUUCGAGCGUGGUAACCGCAAGAUUGCUGCCUCCAAGCUUCGUCACACAAUGAAGAAGUCGGGCGAUUAUUCUCCCAGUACAUUCCGCUCAGGUCUUCUGCUUACGGCCGGUACCCUGUUUGCUAUUCAGGCUCUGGUCUAUGCUUCACGGCACUUACGAGAUGAUGAUGUUCAAGUACAGGUGUGGACUAGUUAUCUACUUCAGAUUUAUGGCGGGUAUUUCCUAAUCGCGUUCCAUGUCUUACUUUUUUCCUUGGACUGUAUGGUCUGGACCAAGUCGAAGAUUAACUAUGCAUUUGUUUUCGAAUACGACACCAGGCACACCUUAGAGUGGCGCCAAUUGCUCGAGAUUCCAUCUUGUUUCAUCUUUCUUAUGGGUCUUUUCAUGUGGCUUAACUUUUCGUGGAUUAAUGCCAUGUACAUAUACUGGCCUGUUGUGCUGAUUGGCUUGACGCUCAUCAUCAUCUUCCUGCCUGUCCGUGUUCUGUACCAUCGCAGCCGCAAGUGGUGGGCCUUCUCUAACUGGCGACUACUGCUUGCUGGAAUAUACCCUGUUGAAUUCCGUGAUUUCUUCCUGGGCGACAUGUACUGCUCUCAAGUAUAUGCCAUGGGGAACAUCGAGUUGUUCUUUUGUCUAUACGCUUCCCACUGGUCCAAUCCAGUGAAGUGUAACUCUUCUCACUCCCGACUCUUGGGAUUCUUCACCACUCUGCCGGCGAUAUGGCGAGCCUUCCAAUGCAUUCGUCGUUACGCGGAUACUAGGAAUGCCUUCCCUCAUCUUCUGAAUUUGGGAAAGUAUGUCUUCAGUAUCCUCUACUACGCAACCUUGAGCAUGUACCGCAUUGAUCGACACACUCGUUUCCAGGCAGCGUUCAUCACCUUUGGUCUUCUAAAUGCUGUCUACGUAUCUGUCUGGGAUCUGAUCAUGGAUUGGAGUUUGGGCAACCCAUAUGCCAAACACAAACUCCUUCGUGAAGUGCUCGCCUUUCGUCGCGUAUGGGUUUACUAUGUUGCAAUGGCCUUGGACGUCAUCAUCCGAUUCAACUGGAUUUUCUACGCGAUUUUCGUUCACGACCUCCAGCACUCGGCUGCUCUCAGCUUCGUCAUUUCCCUGUCCGAGGUUUUCCGUCGUGGAAUGUGGUCUAUCUUCCGUGUCGAGAAUGAACAUUGCACAAACGUGCUUUUGUUCCGAGCCUCGAGAGACGUGCCCCUUCCAUACGACGUGCCUGUGCCUGUGCCUGCCGUCCAGAUCCCAGGCCUUGAUGGCGCACAGCCGGGUGAUAUGCAGCUGCAAGAACAGCCUGCUCCAACAACACCCUUUAUGGCACCGGGAGAUGUUGAGACCGGAACACCAUCCAUUUCGACCCUGCGCGCUCGGAACCGCCAUCCCAGUUUCGCGAAAGCGGUCGGCAAUGCCAUGUCUACGGCACACGCACAGGACUUCCAGAGAAGACGCCUCGCAACUGAAAUGUCCAGCGCGACCGUGAGUCAGGAUAUAGUCCAUGCCGUUGGUGACUCAAGUGAUGAUGAUGAUGAUGAUGAUGAUGAUGAUGAAGGUGUGAUGGACACCGAUGAAGACUCGGGGUCGACUGUUGAGAACUCGUAUGAGGACACCCAGCAAACCUCUCGCCCUCGCUCGCACAUCGACCGAAUCGUCGAAUAG